AAGACUAUGUCAACAAACGUUUGCUUCACGAGUCCACGACUUCUCGACUUCUCGUGCAAGAGAGGCUGUACUGAGAGGCAGCAACACACUGCUCAUAGGAGGUGGUCACAGCCUCACCCUGACGCCUGGCCACCUUCACCACUAACAGUGUGCAGGUGUAGACAACAGAAGCUGCACCACCACCACCAUGGAGCAGGUUGCCCACCACCUGGAGGAGAAGGAGCGGACCCGUGACAUUGAGAUUGAUGAGAACGUGACCUUUACUGACUUGCUGCUGUCUGAGCCAGUACUGGCCGGCCUGCUUGCUGCAGGGUUCAAGCGGCCCAGCCCCAUCCAACUGGCGGCCAUCCCCCUGGGGCGCUGCGGCCUGGACCUGGUAGUGCAGGCCAAGAGCGGCACUGGCAAGACUUGUGUGCUGGCUGUGGUGGCCCUAGAAGCUGUGAGUGUUGCCUCGUCGGCCACCCAGGUGGUGGUGGUGGCUCCCACGCGUGAGGUGGCCAUCCAGGUGGCACAGGUGGUGUCCACACUGUCCAGUGCCAUGCCCGGUCUGUCUACAGUAGCUGUCAUUGGUGGCACUAAGCUGGCUGAUGAUAAGGCCAAGCUGCAGCAGUGCCAAGUGGUGGUGGGUACCCCAGGCCGCCUGGCUCACCUGGUGUCCCUGGGCCACCUGCGCCUGCAAUGUGUUAGGCUGUUGGUGUUGGAUGAGGCCGACCGCCUGCUGGAGGGAAAUUUCCUUGGUCCAGUGACUGAUUUGGCCAAUGCCCUGCCCCUCAACAAACAGGUGCUGUGCUUGAGUGCCACCUUCUCAGAUAGCACUGCAGCCCUGGCCGAUGGGCUGAUGCGCUCCCCGUCACAUGUGCGGCUGGACCGAGACUCGCCAGCCCUUCUGGGGGUGAACCAGGUGGUGCGUCACUUGCAGCAUAUGGCGUCCCCACACAUGCGUCAGGCAGCCAAGGAGGUGGAGCUGCUGAAGCUGCUGUCCCAUGUCACCUUCAACCAGUGCCUGGUGUUCUCUGGCUCACAACUCCGUGCCGAGUCAGUGUGUCACCGGCUCAAGGCCGAGGGGUGGCCGGCAGUGUACUUAACGGGAGCCCAGUGCCAGACAGAACGCUUGGCUGCACUGGAGGCACUGCAAACCCACCGCUGUCGCAUCCUGGUGGCCACGGACUUGGCGGCACGUGGCCUUGACUCGGCUCAUGUCAACCUGGUGGUGAGCCUCGACCUGCCCCCUGAGCCAGCUACCUACUUGCACCGGGCAGGCCGUGCUGGCCGCUACGGUUCACGGGGCGCUGCAGUGAUGCUGGUGUGUGGGCCAGAGGAGUGGUAUGGGGCCAGGGCCAUUGCCACACUGGCAAAUGUCAGGCUGCUGCUGGCUGGCAAGCAAUGGGUGAGCCAUCUGGCCACGAAGAAAGUGGAGGGAUGGAGGUGGCUAGAAGGAGAGAAAGAGGAAUCAGAAGAGGGAAAGACAGGAAGGAUGGAAAAACAGGAGGAGGAUGGGGUGGAGAAAUCACAGGCAGGAAGGAUGGAGGAGGAGGAGAAAGAAGUAACUAGACUGAAGGAGGUGGAUCACUUAGAUGAGGAGGAAGCACGUGCCUGGCUGAAGACACACAAACCCCACAAGAAGGGGUCUACCCCUGCCACACUGCAGCAGGAGAAUGGGGAGGUGCAGGUAAAGAGCAAUAACAGAUUUGUUACUGGGGAUGAGAAGGCAGCAGUUAGUGAGGCAGAGUGUGAGACAGCUGCAGAAACCCAAAGAGAUCAUGAGGUGAAGAAGAAAGCGAGGAGGAAAGAAAGACACCACAAUCAGAUGAAGGAAGAGGAAGACAAAGAAAACAGAGGGAACAUAAAGCGAGACAAUACUUCCACUCAUAUAAACACACACAAAAAACACACAAAGAAAAAGGAAACAAACACAGACACUCAGAAGACACACAAUACAGAGACAAAUUUUAAUACCAAAGCAACUGUCAUGUCUUUAGUAAACAGGGCAUGGCAUAGACCCCCACCAGUCACCAUGUCCUAUACACACCUGCUCUCAGAAUGCACUGCACAAUACAACACAUCCACUCCACCCUCAAACACCAAGGUAAAAGUCCCACCAUGGCCUGUGAAGGUGGAGGUGACUAAGGGUGAAGAAUCUGCCUUAGAGAAGUACCUGGAUGGGCAGCGAGAGGAGGCACAGGAGAGGAAGAAGGCAUGGAGUGGUGUGAGAUUUGAUGCCUUUGCUGUUCUUGAUGCAAUGACACAGAGGAGAGAUGCAAGGGAGGUGCUGGAGGAGGCAAUGCAACAGUCCACAAAUGCCUUGCCUCACACACCUAUUUCCCUGACACCAAGUGCAGGCAGCAUUCAUUCCUCACCCAGCACUUCCCAACACUCCAGUCACUCCCUACCCAAGAACCAAUCAAAACAAAGCUACAGUUCAUCAAGUUCUGAAGACUCACCCUCGUCUAGUGACUCGGAGCUCCCUACCACUGAACGAAAGCUGGUUUUUUCACCCCCACACCCCAAGCAUCACACUCAGCACCUCUCAGCAAUGCACAGCCAAGCACCACAACCUCGGACAGAGCAGCCAGCACACAGCACCACAGGAACGUGUCCCAAGGAGAGGAAACAUGGAAAGACACGAAGACAAAGCCGGGAAAGCAAUAGUGAGGCAGUGAGUGAACCAACACACUACCAAACCCACCAUGACAACUACAACUACAGUGCCUACAACAAUGACUAUAACUACAACCAGUGGUACCCAGGUUAUGAUCAGAAUCAACAGUACCACUACAACCAGCAUGCAGACUAUAAUGCCUACAACUACUAUAACCAAGGGUACUACAAUUACAACCAAGGACACAGCUACCAUGAAGCCACACAGCCUCCCAUGCACACACACACGGGGUACACACAGGAAGUUGAUGCGUGCGUGAGAAGUGCAUGUAAGUUUGCGUCAAUGAUGGAGUAUGUGAGAAACAUGGGACGAGUGAGUCUGUACGUGUCUCAGGAUUACCACAGCAGGAGGCAGCAACAGGGGAAGCAGGAAGGUGGUGAGGGAACAGCAAGGCACAGCAGAAGUUGCCACAGCACCAGAGAACAAGGCAGAGGAGAAUGGCAGCAUAAACAGAAAUAACGGUAUCACUGGAUUAUGAAUGUGAGAAUGGCUGUGAUGCUGAAAAGGAGAAGGGGAAAGAAGUCACAAAACAGCAGUAAUGAUAAUAGAAAUACGGGAGAAAACUAUGUAAGCAGUAGUAACAGCACCACUCUGAAUUAAAAACAAAACAAUGGCUGUGAUGCUAGUGAGGUGGGAAAGAAAAAGUGACACAAACAGCAGUAACAGCAGAAAAAGGGAAGAGAAUGGAGUAGCAACAAAGAAAAGCUGUGAUCUUGAGUAAGAGAAACAGAAAGAGAGCAGUGAUAGACAUAAGUAACACCACCACUCUGCAUUGUGUACUAAGGAACCACUGUGAUAUGUAAAGUGAAUGGGGAGGAGAGACCAAUGACAGAGUGGUCUUACAUUCCUAAUUGACUAAAGGACAAAAAAUGAUAGUGAAAAUAAAUUGUAUGUUUUUGUUGACAGAAAAGGUACACCAAGUAUUUCUGCAUUUAUAAAUGAUCGAAGAAUGUCAGAUCUGAGUAGGAAAAUAUAUGUGAAGUUAAAUUUGUGUUUUUUUAUAUAAACUGCAGCUAUAACUGAGCUUUGUGAUGCAUUGAAAAAUUCCUUGCUUAUUUAAUAUUAUUAAUAUUUUUUGUGUUCAUUUGUUUGUCUACAAUAAUUGUGUAUAGUUGUUAUAAUAAUAAUUUCAAUUUGUCUUGAAAAUGUUCAGUUCUUUGCAUAUUCUAAUUCCUACAGAUUUUGUAAUAAAGCAGUGCUGUGAACAUGUAGAAUUGUUUGUUAUGGGAGGGAAGUUAAUUAGCAACAUUCAUUUAACCAGCAAAGUGGAAAUAAGUGUGAUGAACGCUGAGGUUUAGUCAGCAUGAUGAGCUGAGCCAGCAGAACACAGCAGUCUGUGAUGGAGGUGUUGAACUGUACAAUAAAGUAAUACUGAAA